ACACACAGAGUGGGUGAAAACACACCCUUGAUGAUGUCACUGAUAAGUACACACACACACACACACACACCACUUCUCAUCGUGAUCAACAUCAGCCUCCUGUCAAACCUCUCCCAUCUCUCCACACACAGAUCAAACUUCAUCAGAAGAGAAUCGGUGCGAUUCAAAGCUGUGAUGAACUCAUCUUUUAAUGACACCAAGUCCUCUCUGUACCCCGGCGAGACCAUGCGCAUUCUGCAGAUGAUCAUAACCAUUCUGAUCUUCGUGGUGGGUGUUUUGCUAAACGGUCUGGUGGUCUGGGCUUUGGGGAUUCGGGCCCGGAUCAGAAGGGGAACAGGCGAAACGCAAGGUGCCAGCAGCUUUCGGACCUACGUGGUAAACCUGGCGGUUGCCGACCUCGUUCUCUUGCUACGCACGCCAAUGAUGCUGCCCUACCUGGCGAACAACUUCAACUGGACGUUGGGAGAACCCGUAUGUAAACUGAUCAUCUACCUGCGCUGUCUCGGACUGUACGCCAGCGCGUUCUUGCUGUGCGCCAUAGCGGUGGAGCGAUGCUUGUGUCUCCUCAGACCGGUGUGGGCUCGACUGAGACGGCCACGAUGGGUCGUACGGCUGGCUUGCGCCGUCAUCUGGUUGUUGGCCGCAGCUCUGGCUGCUCCCUACAUAAAAACAGCUAAGCUCGUUGUCGUACAGAACCACACCAACUGUAUAGAAAACGAUAAAGAUUUUGGACAAGCCUUAAUUGUGGUGGAGACCAUGGCGGGCUUCUUGCUACCUCUGGUGAUCUUCUUGUCCUGCAACAUCGCGGUGCUAUUUUGCGCAAAGAAGACGGAGACCGCAGUGCCCACAUCUCCCGUAUCUUCUCCUAUCUCCUCAUCCGGACCGACUUACACGUCCCAGCGGCUAACCCGACUCUACCGAGUGCUCUUCCUCACCAUGAUCCUCUUCCUCACCUGCUGGGUGCCGUACUUCACCUGUCGCUUCCUGAGGGCUAUUUCUCAAGAGGGAUCAAAGCUAAGAAUGGGGGCGAUCGGGGGCGUGUACGUGGCUCUGUUUUUCGUUUACAUAAAGAGCGCGCUCAAUCCCAUUCUGUACGUGUUCGCGGCCCGUGGACUGGGCCGCACCGUGCGCGCCUCGCUCCUGUCUACGUUCGAACGAGUCUUCAACGACGAAUUUUCUGAGUCUAUACGAAGAAAAUCCUCACAAAGAAAAGACUCUCAGUUUUAGGAGGAGUUUGUGAUGGGUCACUAUAAAUGAUCAGCUACUGGCUCCAGAACAGUGCAGGUCACAUCACACCUUCUGCUUGGUGUUCAGGAACUAGAAAAAUGAUUCCUGUGAUCAGCUUGUGGUCAGGGUUUUAAGCAGAUGGUGCAAUAUAAUGUACGCUCUACCUUAAUUUUCAUAUUCAAUAGACUGUUUGUUUAAAGCAAUUUAUAUGUUUUUUAUUAUUAAAAAGAAUGGGGAUACCAUCAUGUAGCCUUUGCAUCCCAAAGACUGAAUGACAAAGCGUUCAAGAAUCAAGCAGCGUGAUGAAGAGAACACUUUGUUCUGACUUUCAGAUUCACUAUUAAUAAAUCUAAAGGAAUGUUCUUUUGAUAUCUGUACAAGUAGUAACAUGGCCUUUUAAAGUACAUCAGAUUAUUGGGGAAACACUUUUCAAGAGCAUCACAUAUUAAAGCAAGAAAACAUGUGAACUGCACAACUGAUGCAAAUGAAUGGUGACACGUCUUAUCUCGCACGUCUUAACUCACCGGACAUGAAUGUCACUUUUGUAACAUAGUCAUUUUAAAACCUAUAAGCAUUUUAUUUGUUUAACAACUGCUGUUAUCACAGAACAAAGUGUAAAGAUUGUACAUUUAUUAAUUUGUGAUCUAUCUCUGAUCUGUGUUUAAGUGUCAGGAUUAUCAGUCCAGAGCUGUGUCUUUAUCUGUCUGUACUGUAUCCACCUGUUUGUGUGCAAGCGUCAAGAACGCCUUCACAUCCUCGACUACUGGAUCUGUCUGAAGAGCUCGGACCACCGCACUGGGAUCGGGUACCAUCUUCAUCAUGUGCUCCUAAAGAACCAAUCACACGUUAGAAGAGUAGGUGAUGACUUACACAAGUAUUCUUCCUCAGUGAUGAUAACUUUAAUAUUUACAAUAAGGAAUAUACAUUUUUUUGAUUAUAAAGACUUAAGCUGAGAUUAAAACCAUGUAAAUCGUGAUAUGUUGCAAUGCAUUAAAAUAUUAAAGGCCAA